GUAAUGGGAGGUAUCCCGCCAACGUUAGCUAGUGCUAAUUAGCUAGCUACCGUUUAAUAGCAAGCUGGCUAACUAGCAAGUAUGUUAACGGAAGUCUCAGAAUUGAAAUACGAUGUGGUCUUGCUAGACUAAUUAAUUUGUAUUGCAAUUCAUUUUAUGCAUGACAAUCAAGUUAGUUGGCUAGCUGCCUGUCAUUUUAGACUGGCUGGUGGUAGUUUUGCUAGCUGCACACACACAACACCUAGUUGGGUAGUGUAACGCGCUGUGGUCUAAAGUCAUUUAAAAUGAUGUUAAAUUAAUGUCCGUUUUAGACGGUUUGUGCUUCAUGCGUGUGUGCGUUGCCGUGUCAAAGUGUUUUGGAUUGUGAGUUUUGGGUUAGUGCCUUGAGUAACAGGCUGCACUGUAGUCACCAGCGAGUAGACGUAGCCUGUUGGCUAACUUUCGAUCCAGAUGUUAUGAAUAUCCAGUUUUUGAAUAACGGAUAUCAUCUGCCUGGAAACAAUAAUGCAUCCCCGUGGUUGGUUGUUGAAACGCUUUCGGAGUCUUUUAGGCCCUUUGUUAUGAGUUUGCUUGCGUACGUCCCCGGUUUCCAGUGCUGAAGUGGGGUUUUUAUGGGUAUACGCAGGUAUGGGCGUUCUGCACUUGUCCGCUAAGUGUGCUUAUUCGCCGUCCUCAUUAUUGACCAAAGAUGCAUAUUAAUUGAGCACUUGGUCGUAUUUCAUUGUGUAAAUUGGAUUGUAUGGCUUUUAAGGUAAUAGUUUAAAUAAUACGGGUGCCCACACCAUAAAGAUGCUUGCUUACACUGUCAUGUAUGACCAUUGAACUCUUCCAAGAAAAAUAAAGGCAACUUAACUACUUGAGUUACACGGACGACCAAACCUGUUAAAUACGUGAAUUAAAAAACGAACAGAUACUGAAUUAACUUUUUUUUUUUUUUUAAACUACCAACAUUGUGUGCGCUUAUUCAUAACGGCAGUCACACAAAUCACCUGAAUGUUAUUUGCACAGUGGUAUUUGUGACUGAAUGUAUGCUAAUGGGAGACCUAAAGGACAAAUAAAUGGUUCUAAGCCAGUGGUCCUGGGGAACCAGGGUGGUUUUUUUUGCCUUGAAACGAGCGCCGAGUUUGCACCCAGAAAACCAGGUGAGGCGAGUUAACUGUAACCGCUUCAAUGGAGCAGUAGACCGUUAGUAGACCGUUCCAGCAUCAGGGUACUGUCUCCUCGCUACUCCCGGAGAGAGGCAGGAUCUGUGGGGUUUUUUUUGUUACUCAGCACUGGAGUGAUUGAUUACAAAGUCGACUCUCAUCACCUGAUUUCUUGGGCCUGAUCCAGCUACUGAAUUUAAGCCCCCAUGCAGUCUGUGUCAGUGGAGGAGGGCUGCAGCAGUGCCUCUGGCGCCCCCGGUGGCUCGGUGGUGCAGGUGUGCUUCCCCAGCGUGCGAGCGGCAGUCCUGGACAGCCUGAACCGGCAGAGGGAGGAGGGCCGGUUGUGUGACCUCUCCAUCCAGGUGCAGGGCCAGGUGUUCAGGGCUCACCGCUGCGUUCUGGCCGCCUCCUCGCCCUACUUCCACGACCAGGUGUUGCUGAAGAACAUGUCGACGGUCUCCAUACCGGCGGUGAUGGACCCGCUGGCGUUCGAGAGCGUCCUCAGCUGCGCCUACACGGGCCAGCUGCGCAUGCUGCGCGACGACAUCGUCAACUACCUCACCGUGGGCAGCGUGCUGCAGAUGUGGCACAUCGUGGACAAGUGCACCGAGCUGCUGAAGGAGGGGCGGGGCGGGGCUGGGGGCGGCGGCCAGCCGGCCGGGGGCGGAGCCCAGGGCGGGCUGGGAGGGGGCGGGGCCCAGCCGGGCGACGCCCACUCGGCACCGCCCCCGCCCACCCGCCCCUCCCUCAGCGAGAGCCAGUCCCCGAGCAGCACCAACUACUUCAGCCCCCGGGAGGCGGGGUUCGGAGGGGGAGGGGGCGGAGUCGGGGGCGUGGCCUCCGGGGGAGCCGGGGAGGGGGGCCUGAACUCGACGCCCAGCUACUGCACGCCCUCCGGUGGCGAAGAGGGCUUCCUGAUCGAGGAGGAGGACGAGGAGCAGGAGGAGGAGGAAGAGGAGGAGCUCCUGCUCUACCCCAGGAAGCAGGAGCGGGGGAGCAGCCGGAGGAAGAAGGCGGCGUCCGUCCCGGAGCAGGAGGCAGGCGUGAGCGACAGUUUCGGGGUGUCGUCCUACCAGGGCGGGGACCCCUCCCCCCCGCAGAAACGCCCCACCUACAGCCAGCCCAGCAUUAUGCCCCGGAAGCAGUGGGUGGUGGUGAAGACGGAGCGUUCCCAGGACGACGAGCUCAUCGUGGUGUCCGGCGAGGAAGGCGGGGAGGAGGAGGAGGAGAAGGAGAGGGAGAUGGACAGGGAGAUGGAGAUGGAGAGAGAGAGGGAGAGGGAGAGAGAGAGGACCUUCAGCAUCUCCGACGUCAGGACGCUGUCGGCUGAGCUGAGCAACCGAGCGGACGCUGAGAUGCAGGCGCAGGUGGAUUACUGCCAGUCCUCUGAAGACUACCUCAAGUUCGACGGCGGCCUCAUGGAGCAGACCGCCCCCCCGCACCCCCACAGCAGCUCCGCGGGCGGCGGCGCCAGCCGGGCCGUUUCGGCGCUGCUGGGCCCGGUCCAGGGCGGCCCGGUCCAGGGCGGCUCGGGCCGCGCCCAGCUCUUCCCCAUAGACAUGCAGGGCAACCAGAUCCUCCUCUACAGCCAGGCCCCGCUGGACUCCUCCCCUCCCUCCGCCGGGGGGGCGGGGCUGGGCGGGGGCGGGGCCUCCUCCCUGAAGGGGCUGGGCCUGGAGCACGGGGCCGUCCACCUGUCGGGACACGGGGGCGGCGGCCUGGACGGGCUGGACGGGACGGGGCCCGGGGGGGCGGGCAAGGUGUUCAUGUGCCACUGCGGCAAGACGUUCACCCACAAGAGCAUGCGGGACCGGCACGUCAACAUGCACCUGGACCUGCGCCCCUUCGCCUGCCCCGUCUGCGCCAAGAAGUUCAAGAUGAAGCACCACCUGACGGAGCACAUGAAGACGCACACUGGCCUCAAGCCCUACGACUGCCUCGGCUGCGGCAAGAAGUUCAUGUGGCGCGACAGCUUCGUCCGGCACCGCUCGCACUGCGAGAGGCACGGCGGGGGCGGGGGCGAGGGCGGGGGCGGGGCCGAGGGAGGGGGCGUGGUCUCCCCGCCCCACCACCACCACCACCACCACCUCCACCUGAACAGCGACAUCGGCCAGAGCGGCAUUGGUGCCCGAGGCGGGCUCCCCUCCUCCGGGGGCCUGGGUGUCAGAAGCGGGAUCUCGGUUCUGUCGCCCCCCCAUCAUUCCGGCGGCGGGGGCGGGGUUUCGGGGCUGACCGCGGGCGGGCCGGGGGCCCUCCUGGGGGUGUCCGUUCUGGGGCUGGGCGGGGGCCACGGCUCGUGCUCGGACGACGUGUGCGAGGUGACCGUGAGCGAGAGCAGCGUCACUUAAACUGCGAGGAGCGGGGAGGCUGGCGGCCUCACGCGCGCGCGUGCGUGUGCGUGUGUGUGCGCGCGCGGCGCAGCGCUCUGGGGUGUGUGCGCUACGUUCAGCCUUCGCUGUUUUUGUGAGAUUUGAAAAGAACAAGGGGGAGAAUGUUUACCUGCCUCGGCUGCAUCUGUGACGGUUCACUUCUCAUAACAGUUGACUGACAGUGGGCCGUGCUCUGCUCUUUUUACAAUGCUCUGUCGUUUUUGCAGGUUGGUAAACCAAAAAGAGCCCGUUCCAUGACUCUUUGUACAUGACAGGGGAGGGGGGAAAACCCAGUCAUCCAGAGCACCAAUCGUUUCCGAUCCCGUAGGUGCAGGUUUUUGUUCUAGCCAAAACACCUGAUUCUGCUAUUCAACUAAUUGUGGUUUUCAGUCAAGUCCUUGGUGACAAAAAGCUGCACCCUCACUGGCUCUUUUCGGGUAAGAUUGGACACCCCUGGUCGGGAGUAUUACUUUGACUGAGUGGCACUGCCCUGGAUGUUGCUCCUUCAGCUUUGGAACUGGUGCAGAAAUACCUUCAUGGCUUAUGGAUGGGAAUGAGUCAGGGGCUGAAGACAUUUGGGAGUAUGUGGACUGCCUUAAAGAAGCAGCCAUUUUGGAAGGGGGGGGCAACAGGUUGUGCUAUCUUGUUCCUGGUUUGAAUGCUCUGAUUGGCUCAUCACUGCCUGAUAAAUUCCGUGCUGCGGUGUCACUAGAUUCUGAGUCGUGAUCAAUGUGGUGGCUUUGCUGUACGGUUUGUAGAAUACAGUGUGUCUUCUGUGGAGUGGGUAAGUGUGUGUGACUGUGUGUGUGUGUGUGUGUGUGUGUGUGUUUUUGCCUCUGUAGCCACACACCUUCAGGAGCAGUAGGACGAAAAUGGUGGAUACUGGCCAAUGAGAGCAAGGGAAUUCCAACCAACAUUUGCCCAGUAUAGAAGAGAGAGAUGGAGAGGGAAAGGCAAUCACGUAUUGGCAAUUGUCUGAGUGUGAACUUGCCGCCUGUUGAGUGGUUGUAGCCGUGUGUGUGUGUGUGUGUGUGUGCACCUAAGUGUGUGUGUGCGUGUUGUAUGUCUGCUAACAGAAUAGGUUUUACGGAAUUACCUGAAAACUGAAAAUACAUAAAUUAUUGAGAGAUUUGUAUGCAUUAGAGAUUUGAAAAGUGCCCAGGUUCAUGGUCCAUGGUUCAAUGUCGUUUUGAACUAAUUGCCGUAUUUUAAUAGUUUGUAAAUAAUUAGACUCGUUUAUAUAUCUAUAUAUAAAUAUAUAUAUAUAUAUAUAUUUAGGCUUAGACAGACGUACGGAGAGAAAGUUCAAACACCGUUUGUAGAUUAUCUCACAUGCUUAUUUAUACACAGUGAUUCGACUGCCUUACCAAUAUUUAUAUUCAGAAUUAUGAAUGCAGAGUUGAGUGUGCAGUUACCUGAGCCCCAGGGUCAUACGAACCCGUUUGUGGAGAUCCAGCGUCCUGCAGGUAUUAAAACAUGUUCAGGCCAGCGGCACGUAGCUCUGGUCCUGGAGAUCUGCUACGGCAGCUGCUGUCCGUUUAUCCGGAACCCUUUAAAGUGUGAGGUCACAAAUAUGUGAUUAGAAUUUUCUUGACUGAACAUUCUAAUGCUGAUGUAACAAUCACUACUGGUGAUUGACAGCAACGAGUUCUAGAAUGCUGCCUUAGAAUUUUGAAAAAACAUUCCAAAAAAAACAAAAAACCUUCUCUACAAAGUCUUAAAAUAAGCAGGCAGUUAGCAAGCCAAGAAACCAGGUCAGUGUAGUUAAUUGUGUGCGAUAAACUGAUUUAAUUGAUUGAGUUGAAAGUUUAGACCAGGGCUGCCCAACUCUGUUCAACUACUGCCCAACUACUGUCCUGUAGGAUUCAGCCCAACCCCUAACAAAGCACACCUUAUUCAACAGCCAGAGAUCUCUGUGCUCUAAUUAGUAGAAUCAGAUGUGCCAACUUACGGUUGAAAUGAUAACCUACAGGACAGUAGAUUUCCUCCAUGAAAAGGGUUUGGCAGUCCUGGUCUAAACCUUGAGUUCUCAAACCGGGUUGUGAAUGAAGAGACGCGCUGCAGGUCAUGUGACAGGAGGUUUGGAGGGGAACCUCAAAACAUCACUUGUGCUUCAGGAACAGGAUUGUCCCACCCUUAACCAAUCAGACAAACAAAAAGAGGUGCUUCAAAGGGAUCAAAAUGGGAGGCAACAACAAAAUAUGGUGGAAUUUGUAUCUAGAAAGAAGAAAAAAACAAGUGAGAGUGUAUAUACGAUUUAAGAGCCAGGUCCUUCAUAACCACGUAGAUGAACAGUAAGGAGCUUGAUCUACUGGAAUUUUUUUUUAUUUUUGUAUAACACACAAACCUGGGACUCCUUCGGUCGUGGUGGCACAAGUCCGAAUUCUGUGUGCGAGGAUGAGCACAAUCGGUCUCAAGACUUUCGCACAGACAGACCUUCCUGACUGUGUCAGGGGACGUGAACUUGAAUUGAAUGGCCUCGUUCAGAUAAAAAUGCAUUUGGAGUAUGACUAAAUUACUUUCUGUCCUGAUCCCUCCCCCUCAGUUGAUGGUUUUGGGCAAGGGUCUCAAAUGGCAUUCCUGGAGUGUUUGCAGUGUCUGCAGGUUUAACUCCAGUCCUGGAGGGCCGCAGUGUCUGCAGGUUUAACUCCAGUCCUGGAGGGCCGCAGGGUCUGCAGGUUUAACUCCAGUCCUGGAGGGCCGCAGUGUCUGCAGGUUUAACUCCAGUCCUGGAGGGCCGCAGUGUCUGCAGGUUUAAUUCCAGUCCUGGAGGGCCACAGUGAGCUGUUUAUUGUGGCCAAGAAUGAGAUCUAUGUGGCUACAUGUUUUACUUGCGUUAAGAUUAUUUACACCGUUUGAAGUGAGUCCAAGGAACAUCUUCACUCGUGCUGCGGCAGUGGUGACAUCACACUCUGCUCCAAGACUGUUAUAUGAACUACUGACCAAGUGCAUCGAUGUCGUCUUUAUUAACCACUCCGUAGAAACGUGAAACAACAAGUAAAUAAAUACUCGGUGCAAACUCAGUCCACCUCUGCUGACUUUGAUCUUCUGUUAACUGGUCUUUUCAUCUGACUUAUUUAUUUAAGCUCAGAGAGAAACGAGAAUUGAGGGCAUUUGCUGUUUUCCUUUAAUUCACAAUUUGCACAUUCCUAAUCUCAGUGUGUUCAUCAGUCAUGUUGUUGUAAAAAAAAAUAUUCAUUUGAAAAUUUAAA